AAAGAUAUAUCUGUUCAUCCCCAUCACUCCUACGGCGGCCUUCAAAAUGUUGGGGCUUUCAAGCGAUCCCUUCUUCUUCUUAGGCUUUAGCACAAGAGAAGCCGCGAACAUGCAUAUAGUGUAUAUGGUUUGCUGCCUGGGCGGCAAGCGCUGGCUAAGCUACCUCCAGCGCUGUUGGUGCCGGCCAGGAGCCAUUGGCUCCUUAUCCCCACCUAGCACCAAAGCGCUGGCGUGAAGUAGAUUUAGAUAACAAAGCCGCAUCUGUACCCCUUUUAGCAUCGAGGCACACUAAAAUACCGCGACGGAGAUAUUGGGCUGAGCCAGUUCCAGAGUGCCUGAACAGUGCCCGGAAACACGCGUGACCCUGCUGCCACAACAAAGGGCGGUUUUAAGUGGAGCUUCUAGUUAACUUGAACGGAACUUAAAACAGGUUUUGAAGGAGGGAUGCGGAGAAAUAGGCUGGCGACGUCCGGCGUCAACGCAUGCAUGCGGCAGCUUCCGUGUAAGCUCCCGGACCUGGCAGAGUUGCUGCAACAUCUCCCGCAGUACGGUUACCUGGGCAAGCGGGAUCUGGCGUCGGGCUUCCACCACUGCGUGCUGGCACCGGAGGCACGCCGCUUCAUGGCGUUCCGCAACCCGGCAACGGGCGCUUUGCAGCGGUACGUGGCCCUGCCGUUCGGCGCCAGCCAGAGCCCGGCGAUCUUUUGUGAGCUCACAGCGGCAGCGACCACCAUCUUCCAGUCAGAGUGCGACCGGCGCGGGCUGCAGGUCCGCAUUUUCACGUACUGCGACGACUUCAUGAUCAUCGGGCAGCAACACGCGGACGUGGUGGGCGCUUUUGCGGUCAUGGACGUGCUAGGCGCGGAACUCGGCUUCACCUGGAAGCUAGAGAAGGACCAAGGGCGGGACACAGCAUGCCAGCAGCUGGAGUUUCUGGGCAUGAUGUUUGACACGGUGCGGCUAGAGAUGCGCAUCACGCCGGACAAGCGGCAGCGAUACGCAGCAGCGAUACGCGCGCUGCUGGACGCAGCGGAGCAAGGGGCGGUGCAGCGGCAGGAUCUGGAGUCAAUCGCGGGCAAGCUGACUUUCGUGGCGCGGGCGUGCCGCUGGGGUUACACUUUCCUGCAGAGCGUGUACGACGCCCUGUUCUCGCUGCAGCAGCCGGCACCACGCGUCUUAUCGCUGGAGCCGGCGGCGCUCGAGGACCUGCAGUGGUGGUGGGAGGUCCUCAGGGCGGACUCCUCCGUUUCGGAUGGCGCCCGGCAAUGCACGGUCGCCGAGUUGGAACUGGUGCGGGGGGAGUUCGCUGACGCUCAGAACGGCGCCGUAAUCUUCACAGACGCCAGCGGGGCAGGCUUCGGCGCUGCGUGGGAGGAGGCAGAGCUACAGGGGGUGUUCAGCGCACAGCAGCGUCAGUCGCACAUCGCUUGGCUCGAGCUGACGGCGGUGGUGAGGGCGCUGCAGACAUGGGCGCCGCGGCUGAAGGGCCGCAGGGUCCUGGUACGCUGUGACAACACGCAGGCCGUUGCCGCAGUCAACCACGGCUCCACGCGCGUUAAGGAGGGGCGCAGCUUGUGCAGACAGCUGGCAGAGCUGGCGAUGCAGGCGGGUUUCGAAGUGCGCGCGGAGCACAUUGCGGGUGUUGUGAACACGCGAGCCGACCGUCUCAGCAGGCAGCUGGCGCAGGCGCGCGACCAGAACCUGCGCCUGAAGCCAGCUGUGUUCCGCAGCCUGGUCACCACGGACGGCGGCCAGUAUCGGCCCACGGUCGACUGCUGCGCAGACGUUCUGGGCCUCAACGCGCAGCCGGGUUGCGCCGAGUUCUUCAGCCCAGAGCGAUCUGUGUUGGGCCAGGAGCAGCGGUUGGCGGGCAAGGUGCUAUGGGCGUUUCCCCCGGUGUCGCUGACUGGAGAGGUGCUGGCGACGAUAGCGGCAGCAGCACAGCUAGACGAGCGGACGCGGGCGACAGUGGUUGUGCCGUACCAGCCCAGCUACCCUUGCUGCAUCGGCGCCAAGAAGUCAGCUUAUCCAGGAGGCUGGUUGCAGUGCACGGACUGCACGCUACGGGCGGUCGGGAUUGGUAGCAGCGGUAGCGAGGCAGCCCGGGCCCUGGCGGACGAGUGGGUGGCCGCCACUGGCAGCGCAGUAGCAGAAGGCUCGGCGGGGGUCUAUGCGACAGGCCGGCGGCGCUACGUGGGUUUCUGCAGCAAGGUCCUAAACCUGAGCGAGGCAGCAGCACUACCGCCGGGGAAGAAGGGAGACCUCAACCCCCACGCAGUGUGCCUUUUCCUGAUGCAGGCAAGCCAGCGGCUGGCGUACAAGACCCUGCAGGGCAACAUCAGCGCACUGGCGGACUGGCAGCGGUCGAAGGGGCGCAGCGGCGAGGACCUCAUCAGCCAGCACCCGCUGGUGCGCCGGACGAUGGCGACCCUGCAGCGGGGCAGCGGCGGCUCGCAGCAAAAGGCGUCGCUGCCUAUCUCCCUGCUACGGCGGCUAAUCGCCUGGCUCGCACAGACGGCGGGUCUACAGCCGAACCGCGCGGAGGAGUGCAGCCGCGACGCGUGCUGGCUGGCGCUGGGUUUCUUCGGGAUGCUACGGCGCAGUGAACUGGCGGGACUGGCGUUGGCAGACGUCUCGCAGCAGAAGGCAGAGGGCCCCGUGACACUGACGGUGCGCCGCAGCAAGACCGACCAGCAGGGGCUAGGCGCGCAGGUGCAGCUGGCGGCGACCACCCAGGGCAGUAAGGUGCCAAUCGGCAGAAUUGUGUCUCGUCUGCGACGUGGUGGGGCAACAACGGCGGCGAACGCGGGCGUGCCGCUAGAGGACAUCCAGGAGCAUGGACGCUGGAAAUCGGACGCCGUGCGCCUGUAUAUCAAGAAGUCGGGAUUGGAGAAGCGGCGGACGACAGAACGUAUGUAGAAGGGAAGGGUACGGGUUUUUUUGGGGAGCCCGCUGGGAUCUGAGUGCCAGCAUAGGUGGGGCUGAAUUAGGCGGGCAGCGGCCGGGGGGUCCGGCGAGUUUCGAGCUGUCAGUGACGAGAGGGAAUGGUGUGGGGGGUGGUCUCUGCCCGGCAAGUAGGAAUGGCCGGGCAGACCCGUGUCGGUUAAUAGGCGGCGUAGAAAUUUGACGGCCGCGGGGCUGGGGCCAAGGGAAGCGGCGUGCGACAGGUGUAGGCACGCCGCCCAAGUAAGGGCACAGCCGCUUACUCCCCAUAUCCAUUUGCCCUCCCCGGGUGAUGAACGCAUGCAAACGUGAGCAAGACGAGAUCAUGACUUUCAAUGCGGGCGGUUUGUUGAAAACGCUGUAAUUGGUGGGUGAUUGCCGCGACUACGAAGCCCGCCCUCAGCAGCCCUCCAUCUCAAAGGGCGGUUUUAAGUGGAGCUUCUAGUUAACUUGAACGGAACUUAAAACAGGUUUUGAAGGAGGGAUGCGGAGAAAUAGGCUGGCGAGUAAGAGCACGCGGGGUAGGCGAAGGCCGAGGAGAGAAAGGCGGUAAGAACCGCCGCGUGUCGAGAGGGCGCCUCAUGCGUGGACCUGGGAUGGAAGGCAGACUGUUCUGGUUGCGCUGGUACCGCUUGAGUUUUAAUUUACUUUGCGUUUGUAGCACGUAAACGGCUCUUGGAGCCGAGGGCUAGUUUUGUUUCCCCACCCGCCCACCCUACUUGUUUUUCUUUUCGUCCAUGUGUGGAGGGUUGUCACUGUAGCACAGCGGAGUGUUGAGAUCCGGUUAGUUUCUUUGUCCCGGGGGGUGGUCUCUGCCCGGCAAGUAGGAAUGGCCGGGCAGACCCGUGUCGGUUAAUAGGCGGCGUAGAAAUUUGACGGCCGCGGGGCUGGGGCCAAGGGAAGCGGCGUGCGACAGGUGUAGGCACGCCGCCCAAGUAAGGGCACAGCCGCUUACUCCCCAUAUCCAUUUGCCCUCCCCGGGUGAUGAACGCAUGCAAACGUGAGCAAGACGAGAUCAUGACUUUCAAUGCGGGCGGUUUGUUGAAAACGCUGUAAUUGGUGGGUGAUUGCCGCGACUACGAAGCCCGCCCUCAGCAGCCCUCCAUCUCAAAAGUUUACUGUGGGAAUGCGACUAAGCUUAGGGAGCUGUCACAUUAAGUUCCCCGCCUGCUUCAUUCGCUCGCUCGCUGAUCGGGACCAUGCGUGCUCAUGCCCUGAUACCUGCCCUGAUAUGAUGGAGACUGCCUUGUGUCUGUAGGGGGAACGUGGUAGGACUAGGGGUGUAGGCCUAGGGGAAGGGGUGAUAGGGCGGGUGACGGCGCCUGAGAUGCUCGUGGGCCCGGGUCGAGCAUACAGCGUGGACAGGCAAAGCAAUAGGGCCCAGCCAAGUAGGGCAGCUGGCUCGGGCAGGUGCGGAUUUGGCUGCGCCAGAUGGGGGAUUUGGCUGGGGCAGCUGGGGAUUUCGCGGGGGGAGGUAGGGAUUUGGCCGGGCCAGGUAGGGGAUUCGGCCGGGGCAUGUCGGGAUUUGGCCGGGCCAGGUAGGGAUGCGGCCGGGCCGGCUGGGAAAUGUCGCCGGGCCAGGUAAGAAUAUCUCGCGGC